GUGGAGGUGUUUCCGCCGGUUCGUCCCUAGCUAGCCAGUUAGCAACACAGUAAUCCCCUCCUGUGACGUCCUUAAGCUUUAAAGCUUACUCACUUUAAUGGCGGUUACUUGCCGGAGCUGUCUUGUCCCGGACCGAGCCUGGCCGUCCCUGAGACGGAGAGAAUGGUCUUCGUAGGACGAGGCCAAGAAUGAUCCCGAAGCCGCGGUUCACCUGCCGAGCUCCGACCGACGUGAAUGUGCACAAAACGAGCUUGAACAAAAAGCCCCGCUUGUUGUCCUAUUGUUCUUUCUAGAGCGUUCCGUCCGGCCCACAACAAUCGGGGACACCUGUGAGACUGACGCGCCAACGUAGAAGGAACAGGAAGCAGGUGAAUGCGAUUGGGGUGCCUUCAUGACGCCUCGGACGUCUCGCUAUUCCCCGAUAGAAGCUCGUGGGAAGGAGAUGUUCAAGGCACCGCUUGCAAAAUCGGUUGACUGACAAUCCGAGGAAGCAGGAGAAAUACAUAACCGACAAACUAAAUGGCGUUUCCGUCAUUCUACACAGCCAGUAUAACACAAAGCUAGCAGCGGGCCGCUAUCUCUACAUCGGAUGUUGAUUAUACAGAUCAUAAACUAUAUUAUAACAUAUUAUACAGAUCAUGAACAUAAUACAGAUUCAGAUGAGUUCAGCUGACCGGAAUAAUACUGAAAUUAUGCCCACCUCUGCUCGUUGGUCCCGGGGAGUUGGAGCCUUCUGUCCGCUUUGACUGCUCAUGCAGCCAAACGUUAUCUUUAGAUGUCACUGUGACGUCACAGAUGCUGCCCGGAGCAUAUUAUUCGGACCUUCGUUUCUCCAGAAGCUGCUUUCAUUCCUCUUUCACUUCCCUCAAACUGAAAGAGGUGUUGUUGACCCCCCCCACUGGAAGGAAAAGCUGGGGGGUCUCGCCCCUCGAUGGCACGAGUUUGCAAGUUUGACACUUAUAUAGUUAUACAAUAACUUCAUAUUAUAAAGCCAAUUUAGUUCAUCUUCGAACUCGUCCUUGUAGUCCGUUUGACUUGUGUGUGAAUGUCCUAAAGAUAAUGCUACUCAUUAUCCUUCUUAAACAAUAAUUACAAACGCAAUGACUGUAAUUAUCGCUUACGGUGAAGAGCGUGUUGUUGUAAUGUCACACUGCCACCACGAGAGGGUGCCAGAGCUUUUCAGAGAGAAACAAAGCGAGCGCCUUGUUGUACAUUCAAGAUUAAAGGUUCAUUUUGACCAUUUUUGCCCCGAAUAGAAUGUGGACAUGAACCGGACAUGAUCAUUCAGGAGAAUGAUCGAAAAUUAUAAGUGAAUUUAUAUUUUAUAGUAAACAAUCAAUGUGCUUCUAUAAAUGUGAUGAUGUCCACUCGUGUGUAACUGUUGUUUUUUUACUGUAGGACUUGAAAGCAGCACAAAGUAAUGUCACCGACACUAUGAAGAAAACUGUUUUUAAAAGACAAGAGAGAAUAUUUGAAGCUUUGUAUGUAACCAGUACAGCCCAGUGGACCCCACGCCAAGAGUGUAAAUAUAAAUGUAUACAUGAGAAGGAUGUCUGGUGAUUGGUGGCAGCAGUAGCUAAUGGCUAGCCGCUAGCCUCGUCUGGACGCCAUCACUGUACAAACACUUCCAAAUGUACCCAACAUCAGACUUUAGAGGUGUGGGACCAACACCCUCAGGCUGCCGCGUCCCUCCUCCAAGAACAAACGCUGCAUUCAUGGCCUGCAGACUGCUCCCCCCGCCUGCAGACGCUAGCAAAGCAGUCCGGCCGACAAUGAGGAGAGUGUGCACGGCUUGGUGUGCAUGCGGCCUGCAGCUCGCCUUCCUCCUCACUGGGGUCUGUGGGCAGCCCCAGCCCAGACCGUCUUUUACGUGCGGGGGGAACCUCACCGGAGAGUCGGGGAUCAUCGGGAGCCAAGGAUACCCGGGAGUUUACCCCCCCAACACCAAAUGCGUGUGGAGGAUCACAGUCCCGGAGGGAAAGGUGGUGGUGCUGUCCUUCCGCUUCCUGGACCUGGAGAACGACAGCCUGUGUCGCUACGACUACGUGGACGUGUACAGCGGCCACGCCAACGGCCAACGGCUGGGCCGCUUCUGUGGCACCUCCAAGCCGGGGGCGCUGGUCUCCACGGGCAACAAGAUGACGCUGCAGAUGGUGUCGGACGCCAACACGGCCGGGAGCGGCUUCCUGUCCGUCUUCUCUGCCGCGCAGCCGCACGAGAGAGGGGAGCAGUACUGCGGGGGCAGGCUGGACAGACCUUCUGGGACCUUCAAAACCCCCAACUGGCCUGACAGGGACUACCCGGCUGGUGUCACGUGCUCGUGGCACAUCGUGGCACCGAAGAACCAGAUCAUCGAAGUGAAGUUUGAGAAGUUCGACGUGGAGAGAGACAACUACUGCCGCUACGACCACGUCUCCAUUUUUAACGGGCCCGAAAUCAACGAUGCCAAGAAGAUCGGGAAAUACUGCGGCGACAGCCCCCCAGCGCCCGUCUUGUCUGAGGGCAACCAGCUGCUCAUCCACUUCCUGUCUGACCUCAGCCUGACGGCGGACGGCUUCAUCGGCCACUACAAGUUCCGACCCAAGAAGUUCUCCGUCGCCACCACGCCGCCGCCCACCACCACGCCGCCCCCCACCAGCAGGCCCAUACGUAGCUCUCAAGUACUCCAUGGCUUUGUGUCGUCAGAAAUGCAAAAGACGAGGAACGUUGGAGAGCAACUUCUGCUCCAGCAACUUUGCGAUCACGGGCACGGUGAUCUCGGCGGCGGCGAGAGGAGGCAGCGCGUGGGCCACGGUGUCCAUCUUGAACGUGUACAAGGAGGGCAGCCUGGCCAUCCAGCAGGCGGGAAAGACCAUGAGCACCAAGAUCCUGAUCCUGUGUAGGAAGUGUCCCUUCGUCAGACGAGGCUUGAACUACGUCUUCAUGGGCCACGUGGACCAGGAGGGCCGUGGGACGGUGGGCCCCCAGCACCUGGUGCUGGCCUUCAAGAGCAAGAACCAGAAGGUGCUCGGCGUCCUGAAGAACAAACGCUGCUGAGAUGACCACGGUCU